AUCUCUACAAACACAGGGUUGUUUUUACUGUCAUUCAACAAAAGGUCAUACCAAUUUUAGCAAAAUUAAGAAUAUAAUAAAAAUGCAUUUAAAUGAAUACGAAGAUCUGCUGGAGCGGCUAGAAGGCGAGGAGUUUGAGCAAUUCGAGUUGGGCGCCGAUGUCUACCAGCAACUACUCGCCAUAUAUCUUUAUCAAAACAAAUUGGCCAAUGCCAAAUUACUGUGGAUGCGUAUUCCCGACAAACUGAAGGAUGACAAAGAACUUAACCAACUUAAUCUGCUCAAUUUGGCGCUGCAGCACAACAAUUACGCCGACUUCUUUAGAAACAUAAAGUACGAGUGGUCUGAAAAGGUCAGAGCUCCCAUAGAGGAUCUGCUAGUAAAACAACGCGAGGAGCUGUUCAAUCUAAUGGGAAGCGCCUAUGUGUCCAUCUACCAGCAGAACCUAUUGGAGCUGUCGCAAAUGUCCGAGGAGGAGCUGAAAAAAACCUGCACAGCCCUGAAUUGGGGCGAAGAGCUGGAUGGCGACCGUGUUAUCUUGAAACCCAAGAUCAGAGAAGCACCACCCAGUCGCAGCAACGACGACCAAUUGCUUAAGUUAACCGAGUUUGUAACCUUCCUAGAAAAUUAAGCAUCAAUAAAAUAUACUCAUCUUAA